AUGGCCAACACUACCCCUUCGUCCAUCGUGUUGGGCUGCAGCGUGGCGGUGAUCUCUUCCGGGAUCCAGUCGCUAGGAAUCACGCUCCAGCGCAAGUCGCACCUUCUCCACGCUUCCGACGGUUCAGAUCAUCACCACAUCCACCACCAGCAUCACCACCAGCAUCACCACAAACACAUCCAGCGCCAGAAGCGCAACAUGUGGCUCUUUGGGUUCUUGUUAUUCAUCGUGGCCAACAUCUUGGGGUCAUUGAUCCAGAUCUCCACCCUCCCACUCAUCAUCUUGUCGCCGCUCCAGAGUAUCGGCUUGAUCUUCAACUCAAUUCUCAGCUGCUUGUUGCUCCCUGGCGAGAAAUUCACCAGCAAGCUCGGCAGCGGCACCCUAUUGAUCUCAAUAGGGGCGUUCAUUAUUGCAUACAACGGAAACGUUGCGCCAGUCGAAGAUGGCAGGCCACCUUCGAACAUUGACGAGCGGUUUUCCAUGAUAGUUACCAAGCUCUUGCGACCAGCGUUUGUAUGGUGGUUUUCUGCAACCUUUGUGAUGAUCGGGGUGCUAUUGAUCUUCAACUACGUGGUCUUGGCCUCCAGCAAGAAACCUUGCAAUUUCCGUAAACUCAAUAUAGGCAACAAAAGCCACUUCAUCAAGGGUAUCAACUUCGGGAUCAUCAGUGGUACCCUUACUGCCCACACCUUCUUGUUUGCAAAGUCCAUUAUCGAUGUGAUCAUAGAAAGCAUAUUCAGCAAUAAAAAGGGUCAAUCAUGGCUCCCAUCCAAAGACUUUACGCCGUACUUUCUUUUGAUUAUAAUGUUACUGAUCAUAGGAUUCCAACUCACCGCUUUCAAUCUUGGGUUGAAGCAAAUCCUGACUUCAAUUCUUUACCCGUUGUGUUUCUUGAUUUACAACUUCUUCAAUUUGAUUAACGACAUCAUAUUCAACGCCUUGUUAGCAGAACACAAGAUCACAUAUUCACAAUUAGCCUGGAUCGUCACAGGCUUGGUUGGGGUAUUGUUUGGCGUUGUUUUAAUUAGUUGGGAUAGUGCAUUUGGAGGGGAUCUCUCGGAAGACAUCGAUGCAAGCAAAAUAUCUGAUGAAUACUUAAUGUACAGAGAGUUCCCUUACAAUCAGGAGGAAACCACAAAGUUGUUGAGUAACAACCACAUCACAGAUGCAGACACCAGUCUCAGCUCUGACGAGCAAGUUUACGACUCAACCAACGAUCAGAGCAAGCUUUCUUUCGAGCAAAACCAGUUACUAAAUUCAUUAGAUAUUUAA